GCAUGUCAAAUAUUAACCGAUUGUCCAAUCAGGAACGCCAACCUUGAAAGGACAACUCGAUCGCCUUCCGAUCAGGCGGGUGAUGUGUUCAUUUCUUGUCUGAUAUUUGUUUGUCUGGGGCAAGAUUAUAACCUACGCAAUGUUAAAGAUGGUUGAGGAAGAUUCUAUAUUUUUACACMAAGAUGCUAGGAAUAUCUUCACGGGCAAGACAGUCGUCGUUUUAGGAGAUUCUAUUCAGAGAUCCGUCUACAAAGAUUUGGUUUGUUUGUGGUAUGACUCGAGCAGUCGCUAUUUGAAUGAGAGUGAACUCCGAGCAAAAGGCGAGUUAUCUUUCCUCGGUGACAAGCUUAUGUUAGGCGGACAGCUUGGGGAAAGAGUUAACGGGGUAAAUUACAAGGAAGUCCGCGAGUUUCGUGACCAGAAUACUGUUUUUCGCUUUUAUUUCAUAACGCGCUGUUUUAAUGACUACGUUGAAUCUGUGCUGAAUGAGUUCAAGACUCUGAAUCCUGAUAUCAUUAUAAUGAAUUCUUGUUAUUGGGAUGUCCAUCAUUAUGAGGAAGGUAUGGCGAAGUACGGUGGAAAUUUGGAGAAACUGUUUUCAUCUGUCUGUAAUCUUCCUUCGCAUCCUUUACUUCUGUGGAAUUCCGCAUUACCUCUGGCCGAGCAAUGCAAAGGUGGCUUUCUCAGACAAGGUUUCAAGACUUUGCCAAGAUGUCAUGUUGUCUCUGCGAAUGAUAUUGCUCGAGAUCUCAUAAGAGUUUAUGGUUUCCUUUACAUAGACCUAUUCUUUACUUUAGAUGGGAACCAGUUUUUCACCCAGGCUGAAGAYGGGAUUCACUGGGGUAAAAGAGCACAUAGGAAAAUCACCAAUUCUAUUAUGACGGCCAUUUGUCGUAGAUUGUCGAUAAGCUUGCCUGUUGCGAGAGAAAUACGUCCAGCUCGUAAUCUCACAUUCCCCGAGAGAUUCAGUGAUUCACAAUACGAAUUCCAUGCAUUUGAUUGCUUUGAUCAAUUAGAAGGAAAUUGGAAUCUAAGGCAUGAUAGAUAUUUGAACUYCCCAGUGGCAAAACCUCUCUUAGGACUAACCCUUCAGCAUAAUAUUAUACCUUUUAACUCUUUUCCUUUCUACACGCCACCUGCACCUAUUGCAAGAUACACUGACCAAUGGUCACUAGAUUUAACGCCUCCUUGUUAUAGGAUCGGUGACAACAUUCCUAAUGUCGAAUAUCCUAGAUAUUUCUCAGAGCCACUCCCAAGGAAGGGAAAGCUACCCAUGCCUAAUCACUAUAAGAAAAGGUUUGAAAAAAUCAAGCAAAUUAACCCUARUAAUAAUCACGCUCAAUCUAAUGCAACAGGCACCCCUUUAAGCACUAGCACUAGUACAAUAACGAGUGAAAACGCUGUAAAAAAUUCAGAAAAUAUGCCCAAAAAUGCGACCCCUAGUAGUUCAACUUCUAAUAUAGGAGACGUAGAUUCUAUUUCUGAGGGAAAUGAAGAUAACUUAGAAAAUAUUGAUGUGWUGAACAACCAGGAUGCAAAACCAGAGAAAGCCAUUAUUUGCGCAGAUGUAACCCCAUCUUGUGACAACACUUCUCAAGAAUCAGUAGGAGCAAYGAAAAGAAAAAGAGACGAUGAUGGAGAUGUUGAGCCUUGUCCUCCACAAAAACAAGGAAAGCAGUCUGAUGGUUCUCCAGUGAAAUGUCAGCUCCAGUUCGAUUCAUUCCUGUGACAAUUAAGGUAUCAAAAAGAUAUCUAUCUGUAUAAAUGUUUUCAAACUUUACCCCAUGAAACUUAAAGAAGAUUAUAUAUUGAUUUAAUUUUAAGAUAUUUUGGGAUGAUUGCAUGGUUCAACUAAWUCUAUAAUUAAUUAUAUGUAUAUAYAUAUAUAUAUAUACGUUCCUUUCCGACUUGGGAAUAUGAAGCUCAAGCAACUACCUCUGACGAGAGCAUUGAAAAAUUAGAUGCUAUAGAACGCUUAACCUUAGGCAUAUAAUGUUUUCAAUUUACAACUGUUUCAUUCCCUAGAGUAUCAUUUCUUUGUUUAACAGUUUUGCAUAAAAAGCCAUGAAUAUGGAUACAACUAAUCRAAAGACAAAGAAUCUUAUUCUCAAGARAAUGAUGAAAUGUGGUAUGAAAUUGGGAAAUAUUAUGCCUAAGUUAAAGAGACUUAUAGUUUGAUGCCAUCAGCUGGAUAACAUGUACAGAGCUAGCCAAUCACAAUGUAGAAUGAAAACAAAGUAAUCUUGAGCCAGUUGCCCUAUUUCACUAUGACGUCACAUCAAAACAUUCUAUUGUUUAAAGGCAGAGGAUCAUGGUCAUCGGAGGGGGUUAAAUCAACACGAAUUCACCAAAAAUUGUUCUAAAAMCUGUAUCCACAAAGAGAAGUAGGAUAGCCAGCAAACGCUCAGAAUAUUUUUUAGCACAUAUUAACACAUUGUAUCUGAAAACCAGGCCAUUUUAGAUUAAACUGUUUCGCUAGGAGCAAAUUUUGUUGAAUUUUCUAUUGGAUUUGGUGAUUCUAUCCCCCACAUAAACAAGCAGUGACGUCAUAGUGAAAUAGGGCAAUUGGUAUGAUUAUCUGAAACACAAYUUGAACGUUUAACAAGUCAGUGUCCUUAAUAGGUAAAAAUGUGUCAGAACAGUCUGGUGAAGUUUGAAGCAAAUAAACUUAAAACUUGCAAAGAUAUAAUUUUUGUGACAAAAUUCAUAUAUUUGCAAGCUUUGAACUUCUUUCAAGCUUCAUACUACGGAUCUCACCGAACUGUGGSGACAUGUCAAAAAUUUGUCUUGCUACCGCACCCUAAUUCAUCUACUGUCACGCCUACUUUUGUCACUGUCUCGGAUCUAGCACAUUACCAGUAAGGUAUUAAUUGUAAUACAUGUAACAAAAGUAGGGGUGACAGUAAACGAAUUAGGGUGUGGUAGCGAGAAAAUUUUUUGACAUGUCGCCACAGUUCAGUGAGAUCCUUAGUAGUUUUACUGAUUUCAAUCUGCUCUUUCCAGCUAUGCUUAUUAUUCUUUCCUCCUGUGAGUUUUGGAGACCUUUGGAAUAAUGUAAUACAAGCUAAUGAUGGAUAUAGACAUUAGCAGAAUGGUUUUACUUAACAUGUGAAAUAGUUCGAGUGAUUUUACUUGGCCUGUAAAACAAAGAUGUAUAAUCGUAGACUAACAAGAAAGAAAAAAAUUAAUGACUACUUCGUAUUAUGCUAAAUUUUGUUUUUCAAGAGUCAAGUAAAAUCAAUUAAGACCUAUAGGGAAUAWUAUUAUUUCUUUUUCUUUAUAGUAUUUUGUUUUCCAGCCAAAUGGCAUCAGUUAAAUUAAAAUUAAAUUAUAUUUUUCRUAUUUAUAUGCAAAAUAUUUUUUGUCUUAAUUUUUUUGUAUAUAUUUUGAAAUAAUAAGUUUUUAUUUUUAUCAUGGGAUUCAGAGCCCCAUUCAAACCAGCUUUGCUGAACUUGGCCACCCUUAUAUAAAUAUUGUUGAUAAAUAAACAAAUAGUGUGAUUCGAAAAACUGUGGUCACCUAGAAAUAUUGUAGGAAUGUUCUAUUCUWUUUUGGCCAAUCAGAAUUGACUUCCUAACCACAAGAUAAUGGAAAGAUAAUGAUAAYGCUUUUGAUUGGCUGAUAAAACAUUCUUGAAAUAUAUCUAGAUGCCCACGGUUUUUCGAAUCACACUGUAUGUGGUUUUUUGGAUUAUAAAAUUUAUUGUUGCUGUUGGACUUGGAGUGCAAACACUAUAUCUGUGAAACAGUCCUAUAUAAUAAAACACUUAAGUUUGGUAGCUUGGGCAUACUUUUUUUGCCCAUUUYAGACCAAGUGUCAUUCUCUUGAAAAUAAGAUUCUUUGCUUUGAAAACACAUUAAUUCAACUCAAACUCCAAAAAGGAAAUUCCAAAUACAACAAUACUGCAACCAUACUACUACACUGUUUACAUAGAAGUGAUUUUAAGAAUAAUUUUUUUCCUUGAUACACUUAUUCAAUAAAGUUAGUCACCAAAA